CUGUAGGGCAACCACGCGAGGCAUCACAACGCGCAUUGCACUGUGCCAAAGCCAAUGCACCGCUGAAUAGUCGCAAUAUUCACAUCUAAGAUCUUGCAAAUUCUCUCCAGAAUCCACACGUCUGGUCGCAGUCGGCCGCAAUGGACGCCGUACCCAUCUCGAAGAAGCUGAUAGCUUUUGGCAGCAAGAAGAUCUACCUUCCCAAAUUCACAGUUGCGCUUGUACGGACACCCAAGCUAUCGCCCUACCACGCUCGCUUCCUUGUCCCGCUCGACUUUUCAAAAUACGAUCUCCGCGACUACCUCUACCAUGCGUACAACGUCAGAUGCUUCAACAUCCGCUCGUACGUAAAGCAAAUGCCCGUACGGGACACGCGCGAACAGCCACGGCACUGGUUCCGCCCAGAAUCUCAAAAGUACAUGACUGUGGAGAUGGAGCAGCCUUUUGUGUGGCCCGAGAUUCCCGACCUGGAGCCAUGGGGGCAACGAGAGAAGCAGAAUGAAGUUGAAGAGGCAUCAAGGACAAACGGGGCUAUAGAUAACAAUGACAAGCGCGAAGCAGCCCGGAAACUGCGGGAGCAGGCAAAGAAGUUAUUAUACAAGGAUGUGGGUCGUCACGGGGAGAGAUCACAAUUAUCAGAGGAGGUGGAUGCACAGGAUUCAGAGGCUCAGGUGGAGCGGGAGCGGGAAGAGAGGAUGCUGAAUCGUAUGUCAAGAAUAAAACUGUGGGAGAAGGAGAGGACGGGCAAGGCGGUGGAAAGCGACAACCGCAAGCACUACGCCAUUAAGGCAUAAGUCGAUUGAGCGCUAUGUAUGUAUGAUUGUAUUGUAUGCAUCGGGCCGGAACAGAGGAUCAUGAAUGCUGGAAUACAAAACCGGGCCAUUACUGCUGGGCUGUGUGUCGUAAUCUGUAUUGCGCAAAUGACAAAUGACCAGGACAUGCAUCCGACAGCACACUGAUUGACUGGGCUUAUAUGAGUCUCAAAUCAGCGAUGGACGUCUUCCAAGAGAAAAGACCUACAUGGUACCUCAGCACAGGGCGCAGCGGUUGACAUGGUGGUAACGUAGUUGCUCCUUCCUCAGAAGUGACUGAGUGAUCUCACACACACACACACACAUCA